AUGGCUGGUGGGCAUUGGUGUGGAACGAGUACUCGGACAAGUGAUUCACUAAAACUUUUAGAGUCUGAAGGCCAACAUUUGCUUUCAUACUUGAUCGCAUAAGACACGCUAUCCAGCAUAAAACUGUGAACGAAGAACCAAUAUUGCCUGAGUCUCGAUUGGGCAUUUGUUGAUAUCGGACAGCAGAAAUUGUCGGAUUAGGUGUAGCAACUGUUUGUUUAAUUGUAAAGGAAGUAACCGAAGCAAUUAUUGCAAAUUUAUGGAAUUUAUCAGCAGAACAACACAUGCCCCGAACAAAGGAAGAUUUUGAAGGAAAAAUACUAGAUAUGGAAGAACUGUGGCAAUUCCCAUUUUGCUGGGCAGCGAUUGACGGUUGCCAUAUACCAAUUAAAUGCCCAGCUGGAGGUCUCGAGGCUUGCAAGGAAUACCAUAACUUCAAAAACUUUUAUUCUGUAGUAUUGAUGGCAAUGGUCGACUCCAACUAUAGAUUUGUGUGGGCAAGUUGUGGAUUUCCUGGCAAUUCACACGACUCGAUUAUCUUCCAGUCAACCGAACUUUGGAAUAAUAUAACAGAAAAAGGUGCAAUUCCAAACAUUGGUCAAACUGUGGGUACAACUACCAUUUACCCACUUAUUCUGGGUGAUUCUGCAUUUCCUCUACAAUCAUGGCUGAUGAAGCCUUACACGAAUGCCGUACUGACAAAUGAACAGAAAAAUUUUAACUAUCGCUUAAGUAGAGCAAGAAUGGUGACGGAGGGAGCAUAUGGGCAAAUGAAAGGAAGAUGGAGAGUUUUGAUAUGGAAGAAUGAAAGUGAAGUAGACCAAGUGAAAACAACCGCCUUAGCAUGCGUAGUUUUACACAAUAUCUGUAUUGAUAGGGGGAAACAAUGUCAAGAAAGCUUGAUCUCACUUUUGAUCCUGUAACCAACGAAAGAAGAGAUAGGGAAACAAUACGAAACCUACUUCAAAUGCGGUCCUGUAGAAAGAUUAAUAAUCAUGCUGCUGAAGCUGAGCGAAUCCAUGAUACGUUGUGUGAAAAACUAUGGAAUGAAAAAAAGAACUUGUAA